UGUGAGCUGUUUUGUUUUGGUUCUCUUCAGCCGGAUUCCUGAAUUUAUUGAAGGAUUCAUUGGACUGUCUAAAGCAUCUCUCCUCAUUUUGAAAUCAUUAUUCGCCCCAACGUUUGCAGCAUCCUCGCUCGCUGACGGUGGAGGCGGGUUUCUUCUGUCCCUGAGAGGAUUACGAGCAUGUGUUAGAAAGAGCGUGUGUGUGUGAGAAGUAGAGAGAGAGAGAGAGAGAGAGAGAGAGAGAGAGAGAGAGAGAGAGAGAGAGAGAGAGAGGAACACGCAAGAAGACGAGAGACGGAGUAUAUUCGUGCAUGUGACCGUGGGGAAAGGAUGGCUCUGUGGCUGUGAGCUGUCUCGGCUCUCACAGGACAUACUCGCAUAAUAAGGAACGAAAGACUGACUUACAGACAAACUCCACUCACAAGAGAAUAUUGUUCUCGUUGCGUUUCUCCCAGAGGCUUAACCAAACAGGAUUUCCGUGAUGCCGGCUGAAGUGAAGCAGCUGGACCUUCAGUGGCAGAAGCAGCAAACAGGACAACGGGAGCCAGAGCAGUGACAGGGGGAAGUCAAACACAUGUCUUUCCUGCCCUGCCCAUGGCCGCAGCCCGGAGACCCUGCAUGAACUGAUCUCUUGGCAAAGGUUCCCAGUGCCUUUCCCUGGAGAGACCACAUUGCUGACUCGCAGCCAGAAAACAGAGCAGAGCCCCAGUAACCAGACAUCCAUGAUGCAGGAGCCCCAGGAGGUUGUGGAGGAGACUGUAACUAUAGAGGAAGACCCCGGCACACCCACCUCUCGUGUUUCUGUGGUUACCUCAGAGGAUGGAACUACACGCCGCACAGAGACAAAGGACAAUGUGACUAAUAUGAAGGUGACCAAAGUGGUUAAAACCAUCACACGACGAACCUUCCAGCCAGUGGUCCUGAGCCAGUCCAAACCAUCUACUCCCAUUCCUCCAUCUACUACAUCUGAAACAAAACCAGUCACUAAGAUGGUCAAGACAGUGACAACACGGACAGUUCGACAGGUACCAAUGGGUCCCGACGGACUUCCUCUUCCAGAGGGCUCAUCUCCACUGGGGAGCUACACCGACUCCAUUGAUCGGCGCUACAUGAAGAACGGCGAGCGCUUCAUCACACCCCAGGCCACUUCCACCCUCACACGCUCUUACAACAAUUACAGCGACUCCUACAAUGACACUCCAGACAGUCAGUUUCGCCAUUAUGGCCUUCACGAUGGAUAUGGAGACAUGCCCGAGAACUACGGAAGUCUCUCACGCGGAGUCAACUACAGGCCCUAUAGGCCGUACAUGCCCACCGGUGGAUACCGGCCGGAGAAUAGCUACACUCUCCCCAUCCGCAAGGAAGACUAUGGCCAUGUGGCCCAGCCUCAAGUCCCUAUGGGAAGUAGCACCGUGGAUCUUAAUCGUUCUCAGCCUGAGCGCUUCCAACCUGAACCCUAUGGCCUGGAAGACGACCGCCGCAGUCUCGGCCCAGAUGACGAAGAGGCGUACGACCUAGAGCCUGAUUAUUCUACGGCUAACCGCCGCACGCUGCCCGGACGUACCAUUCGAGAGCCGCUACGCAAUGGCCCCCGUGUGAGAGGCUACGAGGACCCCAUAGAGGCUGAAUUAAUCGACGAAAGACACCCCUACAUCCAUGGCAUGUAUCCGGCACCUCUUGCCCAACCCGAGAGGGGCAGCAUGGCCAGUCUUGACCGCAUGGGGGGCCGUCGCUCCCCCUCGAUUGACAGCAUCCGCAAAGAUCCGCGCUGGAGGGACCCCGACUUGCCUGAGGUCAUCGCCAUGCUAGGUCACCCCAUCGAUCCGGUCAAGUCCAACGCCGCCGCCUACCUGCAGCAUCUCUGCUAUGAGAACGACAAGAUAAAGAAGGACGUCAGGCAGCUGAAGGGGAUCCCAGUGCUGGUGAGCUUGCUGGACCACCCUAAAGCUGAAGUUCAUCGCAAGGCCUGUGGAGCUCUGAGAAACAUCUCCUAUGGCAAGGACCACGAUAACAAGGUAGCCAUCAAGAGCUGUGAUGGGAUUCCUGCUCUCAUCCGCCUGCUGAGGAAAACCAAUGACAUGGAAGUUCGGGAACUCAUCACAGGAACACUUUGGAACUUGUCCUCCUAUGAGCCACUGAAGAUGGUGAUAAUUAACCACGGGCUUCAGACGAUGACUAAUGAGGUCAUCAUCCCUCAUUCGGGCUGGGAAUACGAGCCGAACGAGGACUCAAAGCCACGAGAUGCCGAGUGGACCACCGUCUUCAAGAACACAUCUGGAUGUCUUAGGAAUGUGAGCUCAGACGGUGCAGAGGCUCGCAGACGUUUGAGAGAGUGUGAGGGGCUGGUGGAUGCCUUGCUGCAUGCUCUGCUGUCUGCUGUGGGAAAGAAGGACAUGGACAACAAGUCUGUGGAGAAUUGUGUUUGCAUCAUGAGGAACCUGUCUUACCACGUGCACAAGGAGAUUCCAGGGGCUGAGAAGUUCCAGGACCCCUCGGCUCUUCAGGGGCCCGGCUCUGCUGGCACUCAGAGGAAGAAGAAAGAUGACGCAGGCUGCUUCGGUGGAAAGAAGGCCAAAGAGGAAUGGUUUAAUCAAGGGAGGAAAAACGGAGAGCAUGACAAAAACUAUGACACGUUGGACCUACCCAAGCGCACAGAACCCACUAAAGGUUUUGAGUUACUGUAUCAGCCGGAGGUGGUCCGACUCUACCUGUCUCUGCUGACAGAAAGCCAGAACUAUAACACGCUAGAAGCAGCAGCCGGGGCUUUACAGAACCUCAGCGCUGGACAGUGGACAUGGUCAAACUAUAUCCGGGCGACAGUGCGCAAGGAGAAGGGGCUGCCAAUCCUCGUGGAGCUCUUGCGCUCAGACUCAGACAAGGUGGUGCGAGCUGUGGCCAUCGCUCUGAGGAACCUGUCCAUCGACCGCCGCAACAAAGACCUGAUAGGGAGUUACGCCAUGAGGGACUUGGUCAGCAACCUGCCCAGCGGACAGCAGCGGCCAGCCAAGAACCUGGAGGAGGACACAGUGGUGGCCAUCCUCAACACCAUCCAUGAAAUCAUCACUGACAGCUCUGAGAACGCCCGCUCUCUCAUUACUGCGCAAGCAAUCGACAAACUUGUGGCCAUCAACAGGACCAGCCAGUCAGCAAGGGAGACCAAAGCUGCUUCCCAUGUACUACAGACGGUUUGGAGCUAUAAGGAGCUGAGAAAUGGCCUGACCAAGGAUGGCUGGAAUAAAACCCACUUCCAGCCGACAGCAACUGGCACCCCCAAAGGAUCCAAGAGCUGCAAACCUGGCUACGACGACACUACACUUCCCUUGAUGGAGAAGAAUCAAGAAUGCUUGAUCUUUCACCCCCACUUCUCAGCUGGCAACAGAGGGUGUAGCGGUGGGGAUAUGAUACCUAUGGACGAACUCGGUCCAGAUGGCUAUUCGACGAUUGACCAGCGAGACAAAGACUCCAAGUACAAAAGCAGCGACGGCUCGUCGGAUCUGCAGGAGCGGGAGCCGUUAAAGAAUGACACAAAUAGGAAACACUAUAUCAGGAGCAACAGGCCGACUGUCAGUCUGGUGGAUGCUUGUGAUGUUAAACCUCAGCCUGUUGACUCCUGGGUCUAAAUGCAUGCAUGGCUUAGCUCGCGACAGCGCUACAUGUUACCACACAAGGAUUUCACGAGUCACCACUGCCAUUAACCGCAGAGCUCACCCUGAUGUGGACUCAUCUGAAGACUUUUGCCUAAAAGAGCGAGAGAUACAAACUUUCAUUCAACAGCCAGUAUUUUCAGAUUUCUCAACAAGUGAAAAGGAAAAAAAAAACUGUUUAAAAAAAUA